GCCCCACGCUGAGUCCCGGCUCCAAACCCGGCCCCGCAGACCGGUCCCAGCCAGCCCGCAUUCCGCCUCCUCCUGCAGCCUCCGCCGUCCAGACAACCAGCCCCACCAUUCAGCGAGCAAGAUACCCUCCAGAUAUGCCCUGUGUGCAAGCCCAGUAUAGCCCUUCACCUCCUGGUUCGAGUUAUGCAGCUCAGACCUACGCAUAUGGCUCAGAGUACAGCUCGGAGAUCAUGAAUCCUGACUACACCAAACUGACCAUGGACCUGAGCAGCACCGAGAUCACUGCCACCGCCACCACCUCCCUGCCCAGCUUCAGCACCUUCAUGGAGGGUUACUCUGGCAGCUAUGAGCUCAAGCCCUCCUGCCUGUACCAAAUGCAAUCUGCUUCCUCCAGCCAGAGGCCCCUCAUAAAAAUGGAAGACAGCCGGCUACAUAGUUACCACUCCUCACUGCCCGCCUCCACAGAUGAAGGGAUGCCCAGCACCUCCAUGUACUUCAAGCAGUCCCCGCCUUCCACGCCCACCACCCCUGGAUUCCCUUCUCACCAGGCCUCCAUGUGGGACGAACCCCCACAUCCGCUGCAGCCUGCACAGACCUGCAUGGCCCCCAGCCACUUGAUGGACUCUGCCCCUAUGAAGACUGUGCCCACCCGCUUCCCCCUCUUCCACUUCAAGCACUCGCCACCCCACACGCCUGCAGCUGGUGCCCACAUGUGCUAUGACCCUGCUGCCCUAAGCCUGCCUCUGGGAUCUGACAGACCCACUGCCGGUCAAGCCACUAUGGAGAAUCAUCCUUAUGGGCUUCCCCUGGCCAAAAGAGCAGCCGCCUUAGCCUUCUCGCCACUGGGCCUCAAUGCAGCCACUUCCAGCCUGUUGGGCGAGAGCAGUGGCAGCAGCAGUGGCCUGCCUUCCCCGCCCAGCAGGAGCUCCUCAUCUGGAGAAGGCACUUGCGCUGUGUGUGGGGACAAUGCUGCCUGCCAACACUAUGGGGUACGGACGUGCGAGGGGUGCAAGGGCUUCUUUAAGAGAACAGUUCAGAAAAAUGCAAAAUAUGUUUGUUUGGCAAAUAAAAACUGUCCAGUGGAUAAGAGACGUCGUAACAGAUGCCAGUACUGCCGCUUUCAGAAGUGUCUCAGUGUCGGCAUGGUUAAAGAAGUUGUCCGUACUGAUAGCCUGAAAGGGAGAAGAGGUCGGCUGCCUUCCAAACCAAAGAGCCCUUUACAGCAGGAACCUUCCCAGCCCUCCCCACCUUCUCCUCCAAUCAGUAUGAUGAAUGCCCUGGUCCGCGCUUUAACUGACUCCACACCCCGAGAGCCUGAUUAUUCCAGAUACUGUUCCACUGACCAGGCUGCUGCAGGCACAGAUGCAGAACAUGUACAACAGUUCUAUAAUCUUCUGACUGCCUCCAUUGACAUAUCCAGGGGCUGGGCGGAAAAAAUUCCAGGAUUUACUGAUCUCCCAAAGGAAGAUCAGACGUUACUCAUAGAAUCAGCUUUUUUGGAGCUGUUUGUACUAAGACUCUCCAUCAGAUCCGAUACUGCUGAAGAUAAGUUUGUAUUCUGCAAUGGACUUGUGCUUCAUAGACUUCAGUGCCUUCGUGGAUUUGGGGAGUGGCUCGAGUCAAUUAAAGACUUUUCAUUAAAUUUACAGAGCCUUAACCUUGAUAUCCCAGCCUUAGCAUGUUUAUCAGCUCUAAGUAUGAUUACAGAACGACAUGGAUUAAAAGAACCAAAGAAAGUGGAAGAGCUAUGCAACAAGAUCACUAGCAGCUUAAAAGAUCACUUAGCUUUCAGCUGCCAAAACAAAGGACAGCCACUUGAGUCUGCAGAGCCUAAAGUACUAGGUGUUCUUGCUGACUUGCGUUCUCUCUGCACACUGGGACUGCAGCGCAUCUUUUACCUGAAACUGGAAGAUUUGGUGCCACCCCCUUCCAUUAUUGACAAGUUGUUUCUGGAUACCCUACCUUUCUGAGUCUCAAAUUACCCUCAUGAAAGGCUAAUGCCCACCAGAGCAGGCAAAUGGAUUGUGACUUACUGCUAACAUUUCUGCCCUCGCAUAACAGAAAAGCAACUCCAGCCCUAAAAUAAGGACUUUUCAGGCGCUUUUUCCUUGCAAACUAAGGCCUAAAAUUUAAUGGCUUACUAUUUGGGGGUUGUGCUCUUGUUUUUGUUUAUUUUUUGUGUGAUUAGGGUUUUUUUACAAAUUGCUAAUAAGGCACUUUUGGACAAUGCUAUCCCAGCAGUAAAAGGUUAACAAGACUGUUUUAAAUCUAUUGUGUUUAACACCUCGUCAUAUAUGGGGAAUACAAAUGUAGAAGCUGUGUUUGAAAACAAGAACAACAAAUAGUUGUUUGCCAGGGUAGUAUGUGUUUUGUGAUGAUACCUUUAGCAUACUUCCUGUAUCAAGGGCACACAUAUUGGCACAAACUAAACAAAAGUUCACUUUUUUUAACAAAGUACAUUCAACUGAAUAUUUCGUAUAAAUCAGAUAUAGCAAAAUGACAAUGGCUGUUAGCUCCCAUGUUCAAGUGCAAUUUUUUAAAGUGCUGUCUUACUAAGUCUUGUUUAUUAACUAAUUUAUUUUAAUAUGAAAAUCAAAUUGAAGAAAUCAAGAGAGAAGAUUACAUGCACUAACUUACACGACAAAGUUUCCCAAACUUGAAUCCAUGUAGUGUGACUUACUGACAAAUGUAUGUGGAAGACACAGGGACAAUUUGUGAUUCAGUUGAGCACUUGUUCCUUAGAUAAGGAAGUAAAAGUAAGUAGUGAUUGGAACGCACAGGGUCAGCAUCAGGGAUCGUUAAGUUUUAGAUUUAAUCUAGUAACAAGUUAGUAAACAGACACAAGACGGUUUUGAAGAACAAGCAAGUCUUGUAAAAUAGUAUGAAUGUAAGAGUUAGGAAGGCUAUAGUGGGCUGCGUUUAAACAUUCCGUGUUCGUACUCCUUUUUUGUAUGUUUAUACUGUUGAUGCCAUAUUAAUAUGAAAUAAUUUGUUGCAUAGUGUCUUUAUUUGUAUAAACGUUUGUAUGCAUGGUAUAUUGUAAUGGCUUUGCCUGUAUUUAUUGCAAUGACUGCCAGCUCAUGGGAGCCGUGUUACACAAAGUAACUAAAUGGGGUGUUCACACUGACUCAGAUACACCAGUUAGAGAACUAUAUAUA